AUGUAUCGCAGGAGUUACUCGAGCCGCCGGCAUCGGAGCUCCCAUAGCCGCGGUCACCGCGGCCGUCGCCGCGACCGCAGCGCCUCGAGGCGGGACUACAGGGGCCGCCAUAGUUACGACAACUAUAGCAGUGGCAGAAGCUCUAGUCCUCACCGGCGUUCGAUUUCUCGUUUGCGAGGCGUUGAUUCCGGUCACCGCCGUCAGUCGCGGCGUGGUGCGCUGCGUGAUUCCAGGCGCCGCUAUGACGACCGACGGGACACUUACAAGGUCCCCGAGAAUCGCUACGAACGACGCGGUGUGAGCCAUCGCGAUUCGAGGCGGCGCCGUCAUGAUCGGGGGGCUAGGGAUCGGUCUGCAUCCGUGAGUCGGAGGCGCCGGUCGCAUCACAAAGACAAAUGGCACCGCCGCCACAGGGCGCCCUCACGCAGCCCUUCGGAGCACAAGAGACAUCAUGAAUCCAGCGAUCGCAUCAUACAUUUUAAGUGGGAGCCGGGUAUGAUGCUGGACGACUACAAGGUCGUGAAGAAGAUCGGGGAUGGCACCUUCGGCCGCGUGCUGCACUGUGAAAAGAACGGGGAGAAGUACGCGGUAAAGGUGGUACGGGACGUGGAGAAGUACGUGAGCUCCGCGAAGAUCGAGGUGGACAUUUUGAUGGACAUCCGCAAGGUGGACGUGGCCGGGGAAAGCCAUUGCGUGGUGCUGCAUGACCAUUUUAUGUUUAAGAAACGCAUCAUGUGUUUGGUGUUUGAGCAGCUGGGCGAUUCUCUCUAUGACUUUUUGAAACGUAACGACUACAAGGGCUUUUUCAUGGCCGACAUCCAGAAGAUUGCGUACCAGCUUCUGAAGGGGCUCGCGUUCCUGAAAAAGAACAAGCUGAUCCACACCGAUUUGAAACCCGAAAAUGUCCUCCUUACAUGCGGACGCGAGGAUUUCAUAGAGGUGCCAUUCCCACGCUCAGUGACGGGCAUGAUGACCAAGCGUCCGGCGACUGCGGACAUCAAAAUCAUUGACUUCGGUAGCACGAUCUACGAGGACGAUUACCACAGCAGCAUCAUCAACACGCGUCAGUACCGCUCGCCGGAGGUUAUUCUGGACAUUGGGUGGUCGUACGCCAGCGACAUGUGGUCUCUGGGCUGCAUUCUAAUUGAAAUUUACACGGGUGAUCUAUUGUUCAACACCCACAGCCAUCUGGAGCAUCUGGCCAUGAUGGAACAGACGGUGGGCCGCAUCCCUGCCAGCAUGUUGGAGAAGGCCCGAAAAACUGACGGCUACCGCUACCUCCACCCUGACAAGCUCGCCCUAAACUGGCCUGAGGGCGCGCGUUCGCGUUCUUCGGAGGACCGUGUCAAGUAUUGCAGGAGCGUCAUGGUAGGUUGCCGCAAAUCUGCGUUAACGCGCUAUCAGGAGCUGGUGAAACCUGAACACCGACCAUUCGCGGAGUUCAUCAAAUACAUUUUGAACCCCGACCCGGACCUGCGCCCUACGCCCGAGGAUGCGAUGGAGCACGAGUUCUUGGUGCUGAAGCUGCCUGAGAACUAG